AUGUCCGAAACCCCGGAAUAUGAGACCAGCGCGGCGCUCAGAGUUUCCCGCCUCCCGCUGCUUCAGUCGGCGCUGCAGUCGGUGACAUCAGCGUACCUGGAGGUCAAAGGUCGUUACCCGCUGCUGGGGCUGAUGGGAGGCGUGGCCGAGGUCGGCGUUCGGAGCAUCUCAUUGGUGGCCAUGAAACAAGCCACGCCCCUCCUGCAGAGCCUGGAGCCUCAGAUUGAAGUGGCGAACAGCUUCGUGCUCGUCGGUCUCGAUCGACUGGAGAAAAACUUUCCGAUCCUCAACCAACAAACUGACGAGGUGGUGGGUCACCUGAAGGAUGCCGUUGCCAUGACGCUGGACGACGUGCAGCUGUGGGUGGUGGACGGGCUCGACGGCGCUCUGGAUCAGCUGGAGCGCGUGUCAGAGGCGGCGUGGGCGGGGCUUCGGCUGCUGCAGGAGUCUGAGGUGGGCCGAGCCGCCACGUUGGGAUUGGACGACGUGCUGAGCCGCCUGGAGGACGCCACCGCCCACUACAUGCCCCUCCCACUCCCACUGCGUGAGUACAGGGGCAUUCUGGGAAUGCUGGGAUCGCUGGGAAGGCUGGAAACGCUGGGAAUGCUGGGAACGCUGGGGAGGCUGGGAAUGUUGGGGAGGCUGGGAACGCUGGGGAGGCUGGGAAUGCUGGGAACACUGGGAAUGAUGGGAACGCUGGGAAUGAUGGGAAUGCUGGGGAAGAUGGGAAUGCUGGGAACAUUGGGGACGAUGGGAAUGAUGGGAACGCUGGGAAUGGUGGGAACGAUGGGAAUGCUGGGAACUCUGGGAAUGCUGGGAACACUGGGAAUGCUGGGAACUCUGGGAAUGCUGGGAAUGAUGGGAAUGCUGGGAAUGAUGGGAACACUGGGAAUGGUGGGAAUGAUGGGAUUGCUGGGAACGCUAGGAAUUAUGGGAAUGCUGGGAACAUUGGGGAUGCUGGGAAUGCUGGGAAUGAUGGGAAUGCUGGGAACAUUUGGGAUGCUGGGAAUGAUGGGAAUGCUGGGAAUGCUGGGAAUGAUGGGAACAUUGGGGAUGCUGGGAAUGGUGGGAAUGCGGAGGGAGUGGGAGAUGAGGGUCGAGGAGUACCAGGAUGAGGACGAGGAUGAAGAGCCGGGUCUGUGGACCAGAGUCCGCAGCCUGCUGCUGGGUCUCAGCCUGCAGCUGCACCAUCGCAUGAUGAAGCUCAGACAGCAGCUGCAGGACGCAGUGAGCGCGCUGGGAGAUGCAGCUGACCAGGUGGGUCUGGGUCAGGUUCUGGAGCUGCUGGGCGAGCUGCUUCAGUACCUGCAGAACCUGCUGGUGGCGCUGGUGUACCGAGCAGAGAGCCAGAGGGAGCUGACCCUGAGCAGGGUCAAAGGUCAUGCACUCAUGCUGGCAGAGCUGCGGCCGGUACGGCAGGUCCGAGAGCUGCCGGUCCAGAUCCAGCAGAUCCUCCGAGACCUGCAGGAACUGUCCAAGAUCCUCCUGCAGCUGGUGGUGAACACCACGCCGCUCUACGACAUGGUGAGUCAGCCGUCUCAACAGGAAGUGGAGGACUUCCUGAACCAGGAGGACUUCCUAUGUGAGUCUUCCCGCCGCCGCUCGUCUAGCAGUCUCUUCCUGAAGGCGAUGGACGGCCGUCCUCGCCGUCGCAGGAGCCUGUACUCCCGCGCCACCCUUGGGUCCCAAAGCCCCAACCCCCCCAACGGUCGCCGCCGCUCCAGCCUGAAGCAAGACCCGGACAGGGAAGCCCCGCCCCCCCCUUCCGCCGGCGCUGCCUUCCGCCGGCCGUCAGCCACCGAGCUGCUGCUGGCGCCGCUCAAACAGUUCAUCUCUCAGAGUCAGAAGGCCUUCGAAUACCUGAGCCCCCCCUCGCCCGACGAGCCCCUCAACACCACGGAGACCAACGCCACAGAGACCAACACCAUGGAGACCAACGCCACGGCAACCAACACCACGGAGACCAACGCCACGGAGACCAACACCAUGGAGACCAACCCCCCCAACGGUCGCCGCCGCUCCAGCCUGAAGCAAAACCCGGACAGGGAAGCCCCGCCCCCCCCUUCCGCCGGCGCUGCCUUCCGCCGGCCGUCAGCCACCGAGCUGCUGCUGGCGCCGCUCAAACAGUUCAUCUCUCAGAGUCAGAAGGCCUUCGAAUACCUGAGCCCCCCCUCGCCCGACGAGCCCCUCAACACCACGGAGACCAACACCAUGGAGACCAACACCAUGGAGACCAACGCCACGGAGACCAACGCCACGGAGACCAACGCCACGGAGACCAACACCACGGAGACCAACACCAUGGAGACCAACGCCAUGGAGACCAACACCAUGGAGACCAACACCAUGGAGACCAACACCAUGGAGACCAACACCACGGCAACCAACACCACGGAGACCAACGCCACGGAGACCAACGCCACGGAGACCAACGCCGACUGCUAA